ACAUUUUAUGGGUCAUGUGAAUCCCAAAGGGCCAUGUGCAUAAAUUUAGUCCUUUGGUAGGCCAUUUUUGCAUACAGUAGGAAUCUGUCGCCCAUCGAGACUUUCGGGAGCUCCGAGGGCGCAAUCAUCGCUUUAAAAACGUAAAAGGAGUUUGUAGCAUCAAAGACAAUGUCAAGGCUGCCGGGAGCUCGCCAGUUCCCCGCUCCGGCCUCCGCCGAGUCCUACUAUAUGCCCGGAGUAGGAAGAGGGGUGGUAGCCUACACCAAGGAGGAAAUCGCCUAUAACAUGGCCACAACCGCAGAUCCGUUCGGAAAACCGCCUCCAGGGUACAUACCGGGCAAAGGAAGAGGAGCCACGGGCUUUUCAGGUGGUGUAUCCAGAGAUGACGCCGCGGACGACAGGGAUACCGCGGAUCUAGCAGGGAAUAACAAUGAGCUAAAUUGUGAAAACGAACAGCUCUUCAAGGAUGUAGAAAUUGACGAUGAAGACUUGGAAGCUGAAUCGGUAUAUAAUUUAAUCGACGCAAAAAUGGAUCAACGACGCAAAUCGCAUAGAGAAGGCAAGAUUAAGGAUGAAAUUUUAAAAAUGAGAAGUGAGAAACCGACAAUCUCCCAGCAACUGGAACAUUUUAAACGUGAUUUAAUGACUCUCACAAAAGAUGAGUGGGAAUCGAUACCAGAAAUUGGAGAUUAUUCCGCAAAGAAAAAGAGGCAAAAGAGACAAGUGUAUACUCCUGCGCCAGACAGUCUCAUUUAUUCUUCAAGAGCUGCAAUGCAGAGCUCCACGUCCAUUGGAACUGCGACUCCACUAGGAAUAUCGACACCUCUGGGUAUAAUGGGAGGUUCUGCCACCCCGGUUGGACUAAAGACUCCACUCGGUCUGAGGACGCCCGCUGGGAACGCCAGCUCGCUGAACGAUCUUGGUGAGGCCAGAGGUGCCGUAUUAUCCAUCACCCUUGAUAAAGUCAUGGACAAUUUAUCGGGACAAACUGUUGUGGACCCCAAGGGCUACCUUACCGAUCUCAACUCUACGAUAAAUACAGACAUGGUUGACAUUGAGAGGGUGCGCAGUUUGCUGCGGUACAUUACCAAUACGAAUCCAAAGCACGCAUUCGGUUGGAUUUCAGCGGCAAGAAUAGAGGAACAAGCUGGAAAAUUGGAGGCUGCAAGAGAGCUCAUCUCUCAGGGUUGCCAGAAUUGCCCAGAUAAAGAAGAUGUAUGGCUGGAAGCUGCGCGUUUAGAAAAACCAGACUAUGCCAAAGCAAUUCUGGCCAAGGCCAUAAAGGUGUUACCCUCUUCCGUCAAGCUCUGGCUAGAAGCUGCCAAUAGGGAGACUUUGGAUGAUAACAGAAAGAGAGUUUUGCGCAAGGCUCUAGAGUUCAUCCCAAACUCCGUGAGAUUGUGGAAAGAGGCUAUAUCCAUGGAGAAUGAGACUGACGCAUACAUUUUGCUCAAGCGAGCUGUGGAAUGCGUCCCAGAUUCUGUAGACAUGUGGCUAUCGCUAGCUCGUCUGUGCCCGUAUGAAGAAGCCCAAAAGGUUUUAAAUGAGGCAAGAAAGAGGUUACCCACAAAUGUAGACAUCUGGAUUACAGCUUCAAAGCUGGAGGAGUCUAAUGGAAACGACCAAAUGGUCGAACGUAUCAUCACAAGGGCCCUGGAUAACUUGGCCAAAAAAGGUGUUGUCCAUAUACGAAGCAAUUGGUUGAAACAUGCUAAAGUUGCAGAAACUAAUGGAUUUGUAAAAACCGCUCAGGCCAUCAUCAAGGCCACAAUGAUGAUUGGUGUCGAUGCAAAUAAUAAAAAGGAAACUUGGUUGGAGGACGGUGAACAGUUCCUGGAAAGUGGCGCGGUGGAAUGUGCAAGAGCUAUUUACAAGAACGCAAUUGAACAAAUGAAAACGAAAAAAUCUCUUUGGCUUGCCCUUGUCGAGCUAGAGUCCAAGCAUGGAACUCCAGAAUCCAUUGAUGAAGCCCUGAAAUCUGCAGUAACAUAUUGUCCAAAAUCAGAGGUUCUUUGGCUAAUGGCUGCAAAACAUAAAUGGGUUCAAGGAGAUAUUCCAGCCGCCAGGGAGAUUCUGAAACGAGGUCUCGCCUUUAAUGAAGAUGCGGAAGCUAUUUCUCUUGCCGCAGUCAAAAUUGAGCGGGAAAAUGGUGAAUACGAACGAGCUAGGAAGCUCUUGGAACAAGCUCGUACCCAGUGCAAUUCCAAAAAGGUAUGGAUGCAAAGUGUUCAACUUGAGAGACAGUUGAAGAAUUACCAAUAUGCAAUCGAAUUGGUGGAGCAAGGAAUUGACAAUCAUCCUCACUUUGACAAGUUGUGGAUGAUUUCUGGACAAAUGAGAAUGGAAAUUGAACCAAGGGAUAUAGAUGCAGCCAUCGCUGUCUACAAGGAAGGUAAGUGUUUUGCAAAUGUGGGCUCAAGGUUGUUGCAAUGUUGA